AUGAAGCGAGAGCAGCGUUGUGCCGGGAGGAGGAGGCAGCAGCAGUUUGGGGAUGAGGACAUUUUAUUUUCACGUUUUGUACAAUUCUUUCUUUCUGUUUUGAAACAGGUAUUUUGUGACGCUGAUCAAGUCGUGCAAGCCACAGACGUGCUGGACUGGGAAGACAAGGAUGCUGCAGAGACGCUGGUCGACAAUGUCGUCCAUUCCAGGAUCAUCAAUCCUUUACGCCUGUUUGUUAAGCCAUCUCCAGUACUGAAACACGGCCAGGUGUCCUACUCGGACAGCACAGAAAACUUUUGGGAUUGGUUGUCCAACAUCACGGAGGUUCAGGAAUCUCUCGCACGAACUAAACGCAGACCUAUAGUAAAAACUGGGAAAUUCAAGAAAAUGUUUGGAUGGGGCGACUUCCACUCUAACAUCAAAACUGUUAAGCUGAACCUCCUGAUCACAGGGAAAAUCGUCGAUCACGGCAAUGGGACCUUCAGUGUUUAUUUCCGACAUAACUCCACAGGUCUGGGAAAUGUUUCUGUAAGCCUGGUGCCACCUUCCAAGGUGGUUGAGUUCGAAUCGUCUCCACAGUCAACACUGGAGACCAAGGAAUCCAAGUCCUUCAACUGCCGAAUCGAGUACGAAAAAACAGACCGCGCUAAAAAAACUGCCUUGUGCAAUUUCGACCCUUCAAAGAUCUGCUAUCAAGAGCAGACUCAAAGCCAUGUCUCCUGGUUGUGUUCCAAACCAUUUAAAGUUAUCUGCAUUUACAUCGCUUUUUACAGCGUAGAUUACAAACUGGUGCAAAAGGUCUGUCCUGAUUAUAAUUACCAUAGUGAGACUCCCUACUUGUCCUCUGGCUGAUACCAUCGUGGGUAACUGUAGAGAUGCAGCAUCAGUCGUCAAAAUAAGCAUUUCCAUUAACCUUUUGGAGAAGAAUAUGUUUUCCUAUCAGGUUAAGAAGUCUUUAAAAACUGUAGCUGUGUUUGUGCUGUAUCGUAAAUAAUCAAACUAUUUAUGUAACAAUCAUUUUCAUUUGAGACCACUGCAUUUUAGCUCUCAUCAUUAAUAAGGGAACUACCAGGCAGACACACGACAAAAAUCAAACAAAAUUAUAUCUGUAAUGAACAUCAAAGCUUGAAAAUCAGUUUUUUUAAACUAAACUCGAUGGCAGAGAGGUCGUCUUUUACUUGAAUUGGACAGCACUUAGCAGGAUCCUAUUUCUCAUUGGGAACUUUAGAAGAUGACAAUAUAAAGAACAAAAGAUGAAGCAGACUCCCAGCUGUUUAUACACAAAAUCCAAAUAAACAGCUCUCCCAUCAAUUUCAUAAAGGAUGUUACACACGCAGGGCUCAAGGAAUCAAGUCCAAAUACUGAGAGAAAGUGCUAUUUCUAGGACAAAAAAAAAAAAAAAGGAAAGGAAUCUGCAUUUCUAUGAGUUGUAGUAGUUGUACGUAUUCAUUGAAGUGAAGAGUGAGUGGUUCUUCCUUCAGACUUCUUACCCAUAGAUAUGCAAUGAUGUAAUUAGACAUGGAUGAGCUUUAGUUUACUAGACCCCCCCCAGCUGUGCAGGUUUGGUGUACAUUUCUUCCUUCCAUGGUCACCAUUGGUUUUGAUCCUUCUCAAAUGUUUUCAUACACACCACUACUAGUUUUACAGCGAUAGAGAACAUCCAUACCUUGGAAAAAGAUAAUCUCUGUUUAAGUCUGAGAACAACAGGGGCAGGCUUCCACUUAAGGGAAGCAAUUAUCUUGCUCUCUAGCCCUCUUAGCACUGCACUGUAGCAAGGAAAACACAUCCCAGCAUUAGGACGAUACCUGAACAACACAAGCUUUCUGCUUAACGGCACCCGGUUGUCUUCCUUAGCAUUGCAUUGCAUACCUUAUGUCAAAAUGGUAAGCAAUGACAAAUAAAGGGGACAACAACAA